GAGUCACAACGUCUCACGCGCGUUGUGACCUUUGGGUACUUCCUCUCACACGCGGCCUUUCACCUCUAUAAAUAGAGGGGGGGCAAACCCUUUUUUGAGGUUGCUUGCCCUUCUUUUCUUCGCGCGUUUUUCUCUCCGGUGGUGGUUCUUCUUCUCCGUUCUGGAUUUACGGCGGUUGACGGUGGUUUUAUCCCUGUUUUAGUGGGUGAAGUGGUGUGAGCCUUAGGUACGCGUAUUUAUCCAUUAUUCUUAGUGAUUUUUCUUGCAAACCUUUUGCCUUAGGUUAAUCUAAGUUCAUAUUUGUUAUGGCUGUUGUGGGAUAUGGGGAGUUGUACAAAUGGGUUAAAGAUGAUGCCUUAAAAAGUGAGUCUUUGAUAAAUUCGUGGGAAGCUAUGGAUAGUUUUUGCCGGGACCAUGUAGUUUGUAGUGACGGGGAGGAGGUAGUUGUGUGUGAACCUUGCGUUGAUAGGGAGCCGGUGUGUCUUAGGUCGUCCUCAACAGAGAAAUUCACCUUUUGCUAUUCUACCCUCAUUUCUAAGAUUAGGGUGAGAUGGCCCCUUACCGAGUGUGAAAAGGGAGUACUUCAGUCCUUAGGUGUCGCUCCGACCCAAUUGCACCCCAAUAGCUGGGCCUUUGUGCGAGGUUUCGAAAUCUUGUGUUCUGGUCUCGGAAUAAUCCCGACCUCAGACAAGUUUUUCUAUUUCUUUGAAAGUAGGGUUAGUAAACGUACUAGCUGGGUAUCCGUUAGUGGGGUUUCGGGUCGUGGUUUGUUGUCCUUAUUUCAGUCGUCUUAUAAGGAUUUCAAAAAAUCAUAUUUCCGAGUACGUAGCUUACCGGGUCACGAAGAUGUGUUAGAGGGAUUUCCUUUGUAUUGGAACCAAAAAACGAUAGCAUUCGGUGGUCUAGAUCCCGAGAAGCUAUCCGAGAGCGAUCGGGUCGACGUUAAGAAAAUUGAAGAUUUGAAAACAUUUUUCAAUACGGGGAAACUCCUAGACCUAGAGAGUAGGCCUCAGGAAUUGAAAAUUCACAUAGCAAAAAUGGCUAGUAUGAGCAAUCGGGAGAUGAUGAAACUGUGGAAACAGCAACAAGCUUCCAAGGCUGCAGGGAAGGGUGAGUCGGUAACCGAGAAGGUGAUGGAAACCGACAGCCCAGUAGGGAAAUCGAGAACUGCUGGCGAGAACCCGCAAAAACGUCGCCGCGAAACCGAUAAGCCCGUAUCGGUAGUUAACUUAGAAACAAUUGUGGCCACGGAGACGGAUAAGGGCGACACGGAAGUUCAGUCUACUGAGAGGACCGUGAGUGCCUGUCUUGGCGAGAAUUGGGAGCCGGUCGACCAUGGUGCCGGUCGUAGCCCCUUGCCUUCGUUCUGGGAUGAGAAAUUCAACCACAGCGCGCACCUGCGCAACACCGACUGGUUGGAGGGUGACCGAGGCGAUUUGGAGAAGAUGAGCGCCUUUACCAUCGCCAAGGGAGUCGAGUCACUCACAAAUCGUCUCUCUGCUCUUUCGUUGAUCAACGAGGACAAAAUUCGCGGCUUAGCGAGGGAGACUAAGUUGCAGGGUAAAAAGAUCACCUCCUUGGAGGAUGAUUUGAACAAGAGCAAAGCCGAGUGCAAGUGGGUGUCUACUGAACGAGACAGGUUAUUGGAAGGUCGCCGUGCUUUUGAAGAUGAGAAGCAGGCUUGGAUCGCCGAGAAGGUAGCACUGGAGAACGAGUUAUCCGAGAUGCGCCUUGCCCGAGACAAAUCAGUCGAUGCCGCGACUGUCUUUGAGAACGACUUAUCAUUGGCGAAGCUGGAGGUCGAAAGGCUCGAAAAUGACCUUGAAGCCUCUAAGGUGGAUUCUACGAAGAAAUUUGUUCAAGGCUCUCGGUAA